CGUCGUCCCCGCGCGCCGGACAAGGAUUCCAUUGAGGGGAAAAUGGCGGCGGCGAAAAAGAGUGUUCUGUCUUCGUUGGCGGUUUACGCGGAAGAUUCCGAAGCCGAAUCCGACAGCGAGGCCGGCGGGGCGGCCAGCGAGCGGGGAGCGGGGACGGAAGAAAAAGGAGGACUUGUUUCAGAAGGCUAUGGUGAAGAUGACUUCAGUAAAAUGGAAGGCGAGGAGGAUGGUUACGAUGAAGAUGAAGAUGAUGAUGAAAACAGCAGGCAGUCGGAAGAUGACGAUUCAGAGACUGAAAAACCUGAGACUGAUGAACUAAAGGGCUUUUCAGAGAUGGAGAAGCGAGAUCCUCAGGAGUUAGUUGCCUCCUUCUCUGAACGAGUAAGAAACAUGUCACCAGAUGAGAUUAAAAUCCCCCCAGAGCCCUCAGGCAGAUGUUCCAACCACCUACAGGAAAAAAUACAAAAGCUGUAUGAAAGAAAAAUAAAAGAAGGCAUGGACAUGAACUAUAUCAUUCAGCGGAAAAAAGAAUUCCGCAACCCGAGCAUUUAUGAGAAGCUGAUCCAAUUUUGUGCCAUUGAUGAACUCGGCACAAACUACCCCAAGGACAUGUUUGAUCCUCAUGGGUGGUCUGAGGAUUCCUAUUAUGAGGCACUAGCAAAAGCACAAAAAGUGGAAAUGGACAAGCUGGAAAAGGCAAAAAAGGAGCGAACAAAGAUUGAAUUUGUAACAGGCACUAAGAAAGGGACCACAAAUGCUCCUUCUACAACCACCACAACAGCCAGCACUGCAGGUGGAGAUGCCCAGAAAAGGAAAAGCAAGUGGGAUUCUGCCAUCCCUGUGACGACCAUUGCACAGCCCACCAUUCUCACAACUACAGCAACACUGCCAGCUGUAGUGACUGUUACCACGAGUGCAAGCGGCUCUAAAACAACAGUGAUCUCUGCAGUCGGCACCAUAGUGAAAAAAGCAAAGCAGUGACAACCACAGUGAUUAAACUGACUGGAGACUUUUAAAGGGGGUUGAAAGACUGAGACAUGCCAGAAGCACCCCACUGGGAAGUAAAGGAGGGGUACUCCCUUCUUCUGGCACAGAAAUAUAUGAGAGACAAUUUAAAAAUGUACAUGAGAAGGAAGAAUUGGCUGUAUAUAUCCAUAUUCCUAUAUUUAUGUGGGAAGAAGGUCUUGGUUUUCUUGUGUGGAACCAUCCCUCAAUAUGUUCCGUACAGUGCAAUGCCACCUUGUAUGAUGUUACAUCAUCAAAUUUUCUAGUUGUGUGUGGUUUCUUAAGCUUUGUGAAAUGAGGACUCCGAAAACACUGUAAAGCGUUCUCUGUUUCUUCCUGAGCCAUUUAGUGUUGAAUUACUCCUGCUUGUUCUGCCAUCCCAUUCUUUUGUUCCAGACAAUGCCAUUGAUUUUCCCCGAGGAAAAACUAAGCGACAUAAGGACAGAUUACAUAUAGACUCAAGUUUCAUGUAGGUCACCCUAGACUGAGUGAGCUAUCACUGUGUAACCUGCUAAAAAUUCUAAUGUCAAAUACUUAAAGGUUUGAAAGCUUUAACAUUUAAGACCAAAUGUUAAAAAUCAGCAGUAAAUAUUUUGUCUAGUCAUUGGUUAUCAUUCUGCAAAAAAUGAACUAUGCUGAUGGGAGGGCGUUGGCAAAGAGGGAGCAGCAAAUGGGGAAUUUUCUAUGUCCAUUUUAAAUCUUUGUGUAUGGUGGUGAUGUUGGUGCUCAACUAUACUGUUGUAAUGCUGCCAUUUUCGCCAAUGUAACAACAAAAAUGCUGUCAAUUCUUUGUUUAAUCUUUUUUAUCUAUGUAAUUUAAAUCUUGGAAUAUAAAAAUGUUUUAAGUCCU